AUGGAAAAUAUCAUAAAAAUUUUAAAGUAAAAAAAGUUACUAAAUAUAAAACUAAAAGAUAGCGAUCAGAAGAUUUACAAUCAGCAGGUCAAAUAAUGCUUAAAGCAGUUUCCUUUGAUAUAGAAUUACCUUAAAGAUGUAGUUAAAGCGGAAUUAUUUUUAGAUGAUAUAGUAGAGUAAUUUGAUUAUCAGUAGUUUAAAGAAGGAGAUAUUAUUUAUAAAUAAAAUGAUUUCAUCACUGAUAGCAAUUAUAUUUAUUUUAUUAUUUAAGGAAGAGUUUCAUAUUUUGAAGCUAAGCCUCCUUAAAUUGUUAAAUCUCAGAUAAAAAUGUAUCAAGAACUCUAAAAGCUUAGAAAACAAAUAGCUUAAUUAGGUAAGAAUCAAGAUUAUCAAUCAACUAAGAAGUAUUUAGACUAGAUUAUCAAUUUAGAAAACAUUCUAUAAGUAAAGCAGUAGGAGGAAUUGUUUGAAAUAUGUAGCAGAUAUCAAUCUUUGUAGGAGUAUUUUUAUAGCGAUUGGAAGUCAAGAUAGUGUAAAUUUGUUAAGAAAGAUGAUGUUGUGUAAGAAUACACAAUCGGUGAAUCAGAUAUAUUUGCUAACAAAAGAUCAAAUACCUGUCUUGUUUUAAGCUCAGUUCUUCACACACUUAAAAUUGAUUUAAAGCUUUUCAACGAGAAAUUCUUUUAGAAAAUAUUUUAGAUACAGUUUUUGUCAAAUGUAUUGAAAGAAUAACUGCAUUUAUUUGAAUAAAAUUAGUUUUAGAUACAAAAAAUAGCUGAGCAGUUUGUUCUUUAAUAUUUUUCAAAUAACAUAUAUGUCUGUAAUGAAGAUUCAAAAGGUAUUUACGUUUUAUUAUUUGGGAUUGUUUCAUAAAUGAAUGGAACUCAAGAAAUUCAAAGCAUAAAAGAAGGUGAAAUAUUUGGAUUAGAUGAUUUAUUUGCUGAAAAGAGAAGAAGCACUUGCUUAGUGAGAAAUGAAGAAAAAGCUAAGAUCUAUUUUUUGAGAAAGGAUCUUGUACUUGAAAAUAAAUGGCUUGUCGAUAGCAUUACAAAAGUAAACUCCUAAAAAGUAUUAGGAAAUUAAUUAACUCUCAGCAAUCAAGAUAUUAGUUGCAAAAAAAAGGAGCAAUAUUUUGAUAGAAGAUUUAGAAUUACUGAAGAAAAAUUAAAUGGUAAUUUAAAUUUUACUACACAAAAUUAAAAUUUAGGUAGUAAUAAAAUCCAUUAAAGACAAAAACAUCUUCAUCAUUAAUUAGAGUCAGCAGAAGAAAUAAUUAAUAACUCAAAAAAGAUUCUUGAAAAAUAAUAGCAACCUUAUAUUAAGACUUUUUAAGAAUAGAAAUAUCUGCAAUACAUCUUGAAUUAGUAAAAAAAGAUAAAUAACAGGAUACCUUCUUUAUAUCCAGGUAGUAAUGAAGACAGCAGCAAGUAAUUCAGUGUAUUUAAGAAGUCAAAUACAAAAUAAAUUGGAUCCUGUUCUUCAUUAGAUUAAACAAGCAAAAAUAUACACCAUAAAUAAGGCUUAUCAAAUCAGAAUGAAAUUUCGCAAAUACAACAAAAGAAUUCUACUAACUUAAUUGAGUCUUUAAAGAUUUACUUUAAUAAUAAAAGAGCCACUCAGCAAGAAUAAGAAAGAGAGAUUAGCAAUAGUAUUCCUUAACUUAAUUUAAGAAAUAAUUUAGUACAACCUUAAGUCUACCCAUUAAGCGAUGAUAAACGACAAAUAAUCAAAUGGAAUUCAAGAUUGAGCUUUAAAAAAUUAGAGUCUUAACAAAUAUCGCCAUAAAACUCUCAAGCAAUUUAAGCUUGCACUUUUAACUUUUAAGAAGAGUUAAAAAAUAGCAAAAAAAUAUCUUCUAAAAAAAUCUUCCAUCCUAUUCACUCAUUAGCGAUUUCAUAAGUUGAAAGUAAUCAUACAAACAAGAAAUAGUUAUUUAACCUAGAUUAAUACUUGAGUUUUAUGAAGGAACAAAAUGAAAUUUCUAAGUAACAAGUUUUGUUUUUAAGUGAUUUAGGAAGAACUCCAACAAAAAAGAAAUCUUUUAUUAUGUAAGAUAACUUAGUUGUUAGUUUGAGAUAGAAUGAAGACUAAGAUGGAUAUUUGUAGUUUGAGGAGGAUGAAAGCCAAUCAUAAAUAACAAAAAAUUAGAGUGCUUUUUAUGCGACAAUUAAAAACAAUGAUAGUACUGUUUUCAUAAAAUAAUAAACCAAAAAAAGUUUGAGCUUAGAUAAAAAUAAAGAUAGAAGAUCAAGUAGCUAAAAUAAAAAUAAAGUAACUAUUGCUAGCUUUAUUAACAGUCACAGCAAAUCUCUCAAAAAAUUAGAUAUAUUUGAUAAAAAUCAAACAACUACCAAUAACGAAGAAGAAUCUGAAGAAAACUAAUAAACCUCAUUAUUCUAGCCAUCCAGUUUAUUUUAAAAUUAGUAAUAAGAGAACAAUUAAACUGAUUAGGAAUUAUAAAUAAGAUAAUAGCAGUAAUCAAACUUAAGCAAUCUUAAUCAUGAAAGAAAAUAAAAUUUAAGCUUAAAUAAAUUCAAUAGGACUAGCUAUAUCUAAAAUAUAUUCCCUGAUAGAAGAGACUCAGUAUCUAGUUAAAAUGCGUCUUGUUAUGAUCUAACUACUAGAAAUAGUGAAAAUUCUUCCCCAAUUAACAGCACAUUUGUAAAAAAUCGCAAUUCACAAAUUGUUUUUAAGAGUAAAUUUUAAAUUUCUUAAUAAGAAUAAAAACUUGCAUUCAGUAAGUCAACUGUAAAUUUAAAUAAAGAUAACUAAACGUCGUUACAAAACUCAGAUACUUUUUUCGAUAAGUGUAACACUGAAAGCGUAAGUAGCACUAGAACAUAGCCAAAAAGUUCCACUUUAAUUUAAUAAUAAUAAGGAGGAGGAGUAAAUAACUCCUAAAUUUUUAAAAAGAAAAAUAGCCUUAGUGAUAUUAAUGAGAAAUUAGUUAUUUAACUACAACAUAAAAUUACAGAAUAUAGUGACAAAAGUUUUUUAUAAUCUCUAAACUAGCUUAAAGAGCAAAAAAAAUAAAUCAACGCUGCUAUAUAAUCUGAAUUUCCUAAUUUGAAUAAGCUCUCAUUAAGUAACAUCAAUAAAAACAAAUUAAAUAUUAUGGGUUAGCUUAGCAACCAACAAAAUUAACUCCAAAAUAAGGAAUUUUAAGAAAGGUUAAAGCUUAAUAACAAUUUAUUUGAAAAUAAAAUUUUGAGCAAUUUGCUACAAAAAUCAAACAAUCAAAUAUGA